GAGGCCAUCUUCGGCAACGUCCCUCUCAUCCUCAACCUGGAGGAGGGCCGGAAAGGCCAGCAGCGGGCGACCCUCAAGUGCGUGAUCUACGAGGCGAAGGGCGGCAAGCGGUCGUUCCAGGAUAUCUUCGUCAAGGGCCCCUGGCGAAGAAGAGUGGAGGAGGCCAAGAAGGACCAGGAGGAGAUGUCCACGGCGUUUAAGUACGAGGGGAAGGCUGGACUCGACAAGAAGAUCGUGGAGCUGGAGGACAAGGAGUGGCGAACCGAGGAUCUGGAGCCAGAGAAACCCGCGGGCGCCGCGGCCGCAGAG